ACUGGAGUACGCAGUGCACUGUGUGGAAAGAAAACAUUGGUCUCCUGAUCUUUUGAAAGUUGAUCAAUACAGGGUUGCAGGUAAAAGUAACUUUAAGGUGGGAUCUAAUGAAGAUCUUUAUCAGAUGGUGCCCUGUGGGAGUGGCUGGGGGGAAGUAAUUGUGAUGUUUCCUUAGUGCAGGAGGUGGGCCCACAAAAGCCUUCCUGCUCUUCUUUGCCUUGAGGGAGCUGUGCAGGUGGGUACUGCCCUGUUCCAGCACUGAGGCCUGCUACAUCUGCGUCUGACACUUGUGGCAGGACAGAAUGUGUGGUGGGUGCUGCAUACCAGUCUGGGGCUUAUUUCUACUUCAAACCUUUGCUACUGAUCUGGUUGCUUUUUUUUCCCCCCCAUUCAGCUCCUCAUAUUUACACUGUCUUCAAGGGCACCCAAGAAGUUGAGAGACCUCCCUGUAGCCGUCUUCUGGCCAAAGUGGAUUCUGUUGGGCCAAGAAGGAAAGUGACAUGUGAAGGGCAUCUGCUUUGCUACUCUGGGAUUUGCUUCUGGGAAAAAAAGUAUUAUUGAAGGUAGCAAAAAGCCUACGGCAGGGCCUCAGAGCAAAUCCAAAAGCAUGCAGAAAGGAGAUGGCUUGCCUCUUGGUUGGUGAAAGAAUUAUUAGCAACAAUAAAGAGUUGGCCUGCAAGCAAGACAUCUAUCCAGGGUAGAGUUCUGGCAGUUCAGUGACCGUAUUGCAAAAAAGCACUAGCACACCACAAUGAUUAGAAGCCCAGAUUUGGAUUCCUUCGUUUGCUGCUCUGUAUGUUCCAAAAUAAUACCACCGCCGCCUUCUAAAGCUACUUUUGAUCGGAUUCGGGAGUAUAAACCUUUCAGGACACGCUAUUACACUCAUCAUGAUAUACUGGAGAUUGGAGCAAGCAUUCAACAAGAGGAGCGUGAAAAGAAGGAAGCAGAGAUACAAGACCGCAUUGAAAAAAUGAAAGCCGAGCUUUGGUCUCAGGCUGAACAAUACAAAGAAGAUGCAGUAGAUAAAGCUCUCAAGGAGUCAGCUGCUAACUACAGUGCCUUUGUACAAGACCUUAAACAAAAACUCGAGAAGGAAAUAAGGGAAGCGGUGAGGAAGGCAAAGGCAGAGAUGAAGGAGUACAUGGAGCAGGAAAAGAGGAGAGAGAUUGAAGCCAUGGAGCAGCGCAUGGCUCACAAGCUCCGGUGUGCCCUGAUGGAGUGUGCCAAGGAGAAGAUGCAAGAGGUGGCCAAAGCCAGGAAGCAGGAGAGGGAGGUGGCACUGAGUGAGGCGGCCAUGCAGCACAGCUCCAAAUGGUGGAAGCGUUCACUCUGCAGCUGGUGGAGUUGGUUCAGAAUGCCGUGGGAUCCGUCCGAAGGGGUUAUAAAGCACAUCAUCCGCCAAGCGGGGCAGCAGUGUGCCGCCCAGGGGCACCAUGUCUCCGAAACGGUGGUGGCUUUAAUGGUGAAAGCUGUUGUCCUGGAUCCAAAAAAUGACUUCAAUGUGGAUCAAAUCCUUACAAAACAGGAUGUGCAAAAUCUUAUCCAGCUCUGUGUUUCCAGACUGCUUGACACCACAAACCCAUCCCUGAGCACAAUUAAGAUGCAAGUUUACUUUGAUUUGAACUAUGCAAACAGAGCUGAACUACUCAGAGAGCAUCGUCGUGUUCUGGAGGGCAGGUUGGCCCCUCUGCUCCGGAACAUCACGGAUAGUUAUCCCCGCACACAAGAGGAAAUGAAGAAUGUGUAUGAAAUGAUUGUUAGCUACGUGCUGCUGAGCUCUGGCCUGGGAUCCCCAACAGACAUUGAGGUUGUCAGGGAAGUAAUAGCUGCCUUGCAGAGUAUAUUCCCCCAAACAGCUCUGGUUUCUCUCCUGUCACUCAGUAAGAGGGAUAAAGAGCAACAGCUAAAAAAUCUUACCAUGCUAGUCACAGGAAUUCGGUUGUACAACAAGGAAUGUGGGAAAGGAGGAAAAGGCAUUGAUGACUUGCCAGCCAUUCUGAAUGAAGCCAUCCCAUCAGCCACACAAUGUAUUGAAGACCAUCUUAAUGCUUGCCUUGUGCUAGCCUACCGUUACACUGCUCUGUUGGAAUCCAUGCACGAAGAUGAGGACAGAUGCAAGCAGCUUAGUUCUUUAAAACUGAAAGAAGCACUCUUCAAUGUGAGGCAGUAUGAGGCCUUCCUUCGCAUCCUUCUGUCUGAUGCAGUUACAAGUCGCCAAGAAAUUGCAAAGAUGAAUGUGGAGUUUACAGCAACAAUGAGGAAGUUAAAAAGCACCAUUCAGAAUAAGGCCUCUGUAGAUACCAAGGAAGCUUUUCCUCUUUUUGUUGCAGCUUUUAACCUAUGGUCCAGGUUUCAGGAUGAGAUACUGCUGCUAAGCUUCCUCACAAAUAUGACCAACAGUCUGCAGCAGUUCUUGGAAACCCAGUCACAGCUUUUUCCUGAGGAACUGCUAACAUCUCUUCUGGAAGGAGUGACUGUGAAAACCGAUAAGGCGAGGAUAAGAGAAACCACAGGGAAAAGAGUGGAUGUUUCUGACUUCGAGAACCAAGAAUGGCUUUUUCCAGAGACUGCCACUAAUUUUGAUGAUUCCUUAAUCCAGUACCAUGGCUUCUGUGCUCAUGCAAUUGGUGUAAAAGGCCUCACCCUUCCAGGAAAUCCUGCUAUUGGCAUUUUGAAGCACAAGGACAGAUGUUAUGUUUUCAGUUCCAAAGAAUCUGCAUACAUUUUUGCUCAAGAUCCAGAUAAGUUCAUUCAACUGAAUGUAGAAAAAGCGAAAGAACACGCAGAGCUAAUUCAGCUGCUCGACCUUCACCAUCAGUUUGGGUACCUUGCUCCACAUGUGCAGUUGAGAAGUACAGAUAAACUUCUGAUGAAACCAAGCACAAAACGUGACAGCGGGACUCAAACCGAUACUCACAUCCUGCCUCCAACUAUUGUGAAAUCCUAUGAGUGGAAUGAGUGGGAAAUGAGAAGAGAAGCUAUAAAAUUGGCCAAUCUGCGUCGCAAAUUGACGCACUCCAUGCAGACUCAUCUCAGCCAUCUGAGGAGGGAGAGCUGCACCCAGGUGUACCUGCCCAAGGACGUCAGCACCCAGACCAAGCGGGACAGCUCCAGCAACGUACCCAGACCACAGAUCUUCCUGGCUGGGCUCCGAGGAGGAUCAUCUGCUGCUACUGAAAUGGUCAAAGUGGACUUAACCAGACCGAUAGAUAAAGACUAAAAUGAGAAAUCUAAGAAAAUAUAUUAGUUAUAUAUAUAGA